UGGAAAACGGUCACAAUGAAAUCCUGAGGUCAGUUUCCUCUCUCUAUCUCUCACUGAGCCGGACAGAAAGGGGAAAAAACAACAACAUGAGAGACGGAGCUGGAGGAGAAGGAGGAGGCGGCGGCGGCGACGGAGGAGAUACAAUCUGUAACGUUAAAUCUGAAAAGGACCAGAGCUGGAUCCCUAAAAUCAUCAAGAAAAGAGUGUGCACCACCUUUGUAGAAGAUUCCUUCAGUAAUGGCGCGUUGUGUCAGUGUGGGGGUGCAAGAGAUACCCAUGCUUCUGUGGCUCUCGGCGACUACUUCAGCACAGCGAUUGUCAACCACUGGGACAGCGCCCAGCACUCCUCUGAAUACCCGACUGACGCCUUUGGAGAGUUGCAGUUUCCAGGGGCCAGUAAGAGGCAUAGCUAUUUUCUGCGUCUGUCAUGGGACACACCCCCGUCUAUGGUCUACACCCUGAUGACAGCCCACUGGGGUCUUCCCGCACCUAACCUGGUGGUUUCAGUCGUGGGCGGAGAAGGCAGGACAAAGUUGAAGACAUGGGUACGGGAAGUCCUCCGGCAGGGACUGGUGAAAGCCUCACAAAGCACAGGAGCGUGGAUCCUGACGGCAGGCUUGUGUGAAGGCGUUGGCAGGUGUGUUGGAGAGGCGGUGAGGGAUCAUGCCACUGCAGCCUCGUCUGUCUCCCUCAACAAGGUGGUGGCACUGGGCAUCGCUCCCUGGGGCCUAGUGCACAACAGAGAGCAAUUGGUCAACCCUCAGGGCAGCUUUCCUGCUAAGUAUUACGUCCAGAACAUGUCCAGGGACUCCUGCUGCCUCGAUAAAAACUACCAGGCCUUCCUGCUUGUGGACGAUGGGAGUGUGGGACGCAGAGGAGGAGAAACAGGGUUCAGAGCCAAACUGGAGGACUACAUCUCCCACCAGCGCACAGGCAUCUGGGGCAGCGGCAGCAUUGACAUCCCUGUCCUCUGUAUGCUGGUGUCAGGGGAGGCGAGCAUGUUGGAGAGGGUAGACCUUUCUCUGAAAAACUCCAUGCCCUGGCUGGUGCUGGCUGGAUCAGGAGGCUUAGCUGACUUCCUUAGUGACAUCUUGGAGAAUCUUUCCUCGUCCCCCACUGUCCAGUCUUCCAGCGAGGCGGAUGCCGAGGCCGGUCCCAGUGUGGAUCUGAAAGACAGAGUGGCAGAACGGGUUAAGAAGCACUUCCCCUUUGAAGCAGAGUCAGACAAACUAGUUGAACGGGCUCUGAGUAUUUACCAGAACAGGGACUUUAUCACAAUCUACCAUGGAGAGCAGGAGGGCCCAAAUGAUUUUGAUACAGUCCUGCUCAAAGCAUUGGUGGGAGCUAGUAAGCAGCGUGCGUCAGUCGAUGCCAGCCCUUACAAUGAAGAGCUGAAGCUGGCGGUCACAUGGAACAGGGUUGACAUUGCCAAGAGUGAACUCUUCAAUGGAGACAUCCACUGGAGGUAUGAAGACAUGGAAGACUCCAUGACAGAUGCCCUGAUCAACGACAAGCCUCAGUUUGUGCGUCUUUUCACUGAGAAUGGCCUCAACAUCCUUGACUACCUGACUUAUGGCAGGCUGGAAAGCCUCUACCGCUCAGUGCCUGAUGGGACAGUGCUUUACCAGCUGCUCCAACGCCGUCUGGUGGAGCGGCUAGGAACCGCAGCCCCUACACCCUCAAACGUAUCAGACAAAGUGGCAGCAGAGAAAAUUCAAAGUGGCCCAGGGACAGAGAUCACCCUUUUUGAGGUUGCAGGUGUGCUGGAACUAUUGAUGGGUGAUGUCUGCCAACCAUUUUACUAUGAUGCUUUGGGUUUAGAUAAGAUUUCAUCCAAAAGGAGAGCUCUUAGGCGUGCCAGUAAGCUGUUGCGUGGAGACUGCUUGUAUCGGGAGAUGCGCUGCCUCUUCCCCUGGGCUUCGCUCUUCAUCUGGGCUGUCCUUCAGAAUCGCAGUGAAAUGGCCACUUUCUUCUGGGAGAUGGCAGCGGAGUCUGUGCUGAGUGCUCUGAGUGGCUGCAAGAUUCUGAGGGAACUGUCAAAGUAUGAGGGUGAGACGGAGACCAAACUGACCAUGAAAGAGCUGGCCCAGAGUUUUGAGAACCUGGCACAUGAUGUGUUCAGCUCUUGCUAUCGGAGCAACGAGAGUCGCUCUUUCACCCUGCUGAUCAGAAAAUCUCCUGUCUGGGGUGGUACCACCUGCCUCCAGAUGGGCAUGGGUGCUGAUGCACGACUUUUCUUCAGCCACGAUGGAGUACAGUCUCUGUUGUCCCAGAUCUGGUGGGGUGACAUGAAGAGAAGCACAGAGGUGUGGAAGCUCCUGCUCACUUUCUUCUGCCCUCCCCUCUGCUACACCAAUCUCAUUUCCUUCAGGGAACAAGAAGAGCUUCAUCAAGAGGAGGGGAAGCCUAAUGAGGAUGGGCUAGGCAGGGACAGCGACAGCCUGUAUGGCACCACCAUCUUCUCCUUCUCGGACAUCAAGCACAUUGAAAAUGAUUCACAAGAACCAACCACUCCCAGGACGGCAACCAUCAAAGGCAUACCGCACUCUCACAGACCGCCAAAACGUCCGUUCAUAGUGUCAAGAUGGCGCCAGUUCUGGUUUGCACCAGUCACCUCAUUUUUGGGCAAUGUCUUGAUGUACUUCCUCUUCCUCCUGCUGUUUGCCUACGUGCUGUUGGUGGACUUCAAGCCCCCGCCGCCCUCUGGUCCAGCCAUCACAGAGUAUGUGCUGUACUUCUGGGUAUUCACAAUCGUGUGUGAAGAGAUCCGGGAAACGUUCUUUUUGGGGACGAUGACUUGGCGUCAGAGGAUCAGAGUGUACAUUCAAGAUGUGUGGAACAAGUGUGACCUCAUUGCCAUUACGCUGUUCAUCAUAGGACUUAUCUGCAGGAUGUUCAAGUGGUCUUAUGAGUUUGGCCGGGAUGUCCUGUGUGUGAACUACAUGGUCUUCACCCUCCGUCUCAUUCACAUCUUUGCCAUUCACAAACAGCUGGGACCAAAAAUUAUCAUUGUUGGCAAGAUGAUGAAGGAUGUCUUCUUCUUCCUCUUCUUCCUGGGGGUGUGGCUCAUGGCAUACGGAGUAGCCAAUCAGGCUUUGAUUUACUCCUACGACCCACGCCUGGAUCGCAUCUUCCGCCGUGUUUUCUACAGGCCGUACUUGCACAUCUUUGGACAGAUCCCUGUGGAAGAGAUGGAUGUGGGGAAACAGUGGGACAUGCCGUGCACAGACAAUGUGACAUUGAUUCAGAACGGUGAGGAGCCAUGCAGAGUUCUGUAUAGUAACUGGCUGGUGGUAAUUCUGCUGGUUGUCUAUCUGCUGGUCACCAACAUCCUGCUCAUCAACCUGCUCAUCGCCAUGUUUAGCCAUACCUUCUCUCAAGUCCAGGCAAACAGUGACAUCUACUGGAAGUUCCAGCGCUUCAACCUCAUUGUUCAGUACCACUCCCGUCCUUCCCUGGCUCCUCCUUUCAUCAUCCUCUCUCACAUCAAUCUCUUUAUAAAGAGGAUCAUCCGCAAGGUGCCUUCUAUCAAGAUCCAUCACUUUGUGUUGCAGUUAAAAGGGAAAGCAGCCAACAGGCUAAUGACGUGGGAAACCAUUCAGAAAGAGGACUUCCUAACUGCCCAGAACAAAAUCCAGAAAAGCAGUGACUCAGAGAGGCUUAAACGGAUGUCUUCCAAAGUGGAUGGUGUGAUUAAACAUCUGAGUGAAAGCAGAGACUUUGAGCACAGACUGAGGGCUCUGGAAAAUGAGAUGGAGUAUUGCUCAAAAGCUCUCAGCUGGAUUGUGGAUACUAUGGCGCAAGGCAGCACGUUCAAACCUCCCCGCCCUCCGCCUACUUUAAGAGAUGCUUUCCCGUCUUCUUCGAAUUCGGCCUGACUUAGCUUUAUUGAUGCCUUUACUUGCUCAGGAUCUGUAAUACAAGAAUUCAAUUUGCUGCUUUUAUGCCACCAACACACAGUCUUACUGUUUGCCAGCCACAUUCAUCACUACACUCAGUUCACCAAAAUAAAAGGCUCGACAUAUUAAAAGAAAAAAUAGCAGCAAUCACUACUUGUUACAGUAUUGAACAAAUACAAAUGCUGAUAUUUUAGUGUGCAAUUGAGCUUAAACAAAUGCCAAAGAAAAAUAUAAGUAUUUAUAAUGUGGCUAUAUAUAUUGAUAUUUUAUUUGCCAAUACUUAUAUCUUUAUUUCUGUACGUUGACAGAUGGAAUUCUUUUUUAAUGGUUUUUACUAUUGACUGUACUUUGUUUUAUUAUAUUGUGUUUUUUUGUUUUUUUAACUGUUCUAUUGAAAUUAUAAUGUUGUUUACAGGGAUUACACUCAGUGCACAUUGUUAUACUUUUGUAUUCAGUUAGUUUUUGGCAAAAUGUUUU